ACACGGAAGCAGAAAGUCGUUCGUAUUCAGAAUACUUAGUAUUAUUUCAAACAGAAAUACUGAUGUUUUAUUAAAUAAAAUAAGUUAUAAAAAUUGAUUAAUAAACUUUUUACAUAAUAAUUUAACAUUGUGAUCGUUUUAUUUUUGCCGGUUCUGGUAAAAGGGGCGUGGUGCUAUAAUUUGUAGCGUCCUGAAUUUAUUCCUAAAUUCCUUUUUUUUGAGAAAUGGAGUCUUUUACUGUAUAAAUGCUGUUUUACCUAGUAUAAUAAUUGGUUCCGUUUAAUUUAACUGGUGCUACUGUGCUUGAGAAGUCAUAAUUCUCCUAUAUUUAUGUGAAGACAAGGUCUUUCAUACUUACACCAAUAUGGCUUCAGAAAACUUAAAGGGCAACAAGAAUAAUGAGAGUGAGAAAAAUUUUCCUUCACUCAAAAAAGUUUUACCUGCCACACCAUCUGGAGAACUGAUGAGCUCAGCUACUGCUGUCAUUGACAGGAACACAAAUACAAAACAAAAUCAGGCAUAUGAUGCAUUCUUUUUGGAAUAUUCAUUGAUAUCUGAAUACCUUCUUCUUCAAAAACAGUUGCUAUCGGGCGUGUAUGUGAUUCCCUCCGCUGGCUCUCCAUUAAAGUGGUUUGGUGUGAUAUUCAUUCGACAAGGACUCUAUCAAGGGGGUAUAUUUCGCUUCACUCUGUAUGUACCUGACAACUAUCCAGACUGUGACUGUCCUAUAUUAGUUUUUGACCCUCCUGUGUUUAAUCCUUUGAUAAACAUAGAAACAGGUGAACUUGAUGUGAAAAGAGCUUUUCCAAAGUGGCGAAGAAAUGUGAAUCAUUUAUGGCAAGUUGUUCAGUAUGCAAAGAGAAUAUUCUACAAAAUAGAAACUGAAUCCCCAUCAAACAUGGAAGCUGCUGAACUGUAUGAAAAAGAUCUUGAAUUGUAUAAAAUUAAUUCGUCUGAGAGCCUCAGAAUCUGCAAUGAAAAACUUUAUGAUAAGCCUUGCACAGAUGAUCCCCAUGCAAUUUAUUUUACACCAUGGGAUCAUUCAGUUCAUGACGACUUCAGAAAGAAAUUAUUUACUUAUAAAAAAGAAGAACCUGAUAAUCAAAAAAGUUCAAGCAAUGGUCUCUCGUGGAUGCAACCAGGAAGUUUACAAAUAUUUUCCAAAUCUUCAUCCUGAUAAAUAAUAUUUGGAUCAUUUUAUUGUUUCAGACAACAAAUACUUGACGUUGUUCAUGACAAUGAAAUAUUUUAAUUCGAGGCAUCUUUUUUGUACAUGUAAAUUAAUUACUAUAUUUUUGUUAUUACUUUAUAUUUACUUUGUGAAUAUGAAACAAGUUAAAACAGAGAUGCUAACUGCUCCGCACGUGCCAUAAUGAUAUAAAAAACGGUUAACUACUAAUUAAAAUUUGCAAGUAUUUGACAAAUUUUGCUAACUUUUCAAACAGUGUAGCUCGACUAAAUUGUUAAGAAGUGGCGAAUUAUAUAAGCCUUCGAAUUAUUUAGAAAUAGUGGUGAAUAAAAUCCAUUACCUUAUAAAUUGAAUUUAUUAAACCAACACUCACAUAUCUAUAAACUACCACUCGAAAAUAUUUAUUGUAUUUGCUGUCCGGAGGAAGUUGGCAUCUCUGGUUAAAAUUGUGAUUUUUACUAUUAUCAGGGUUGCCACUCAAAUCUGGAAAAAAAAAAUUUAGGGUGUUUUUCCCUGUACAUAUUAUACACAAUGUAUUAAGAGGAAACAACAAUUAUUGUGUUCUUGUGUGAGUUAUAUUGGGCUAACUAUAUUUCUUAGUUGUAAUUGCUCGAAAACAGCUGAACAUACUUAAAAUAAUGCUAUAGUAAAUGAAAUAGUUUAGUAUAACUGAAAUAUCAUGGUUAAAUAUCCCAUAGAUUAUGCUUUGAUUGGUCACCAUUUUUUAAAAGACAAAAUUCCCUGUAUUUUCCCGGUGUGUAAAGAAAAAAAAAUCAAAAUUCCCUGUUAUUAUAGGUGAUUUUUAAAUUCCCUGUAUUUUCCAGGUUUUCCCUGUGAAGUGGCAGCCCUGUAUAUUAAACAAAUUUUCAAAUCUGCCAAACAGAAAAAAAAUACUGUCCAUGGAUGUUAUUUCACUGUAAAUAGUUUUUCUGUGCAUUUAGGUGGAAAAUAAAAUUUUUUUGAGUUGAAA